AUGGGCUUAGCAAUUAUCCCAUCAAUCUUGGGACGGGCUGGACGGGCUGGACGGCCGAUGUUUUUCAACAAGAGAUCUGCGUCUGAUGAGCUCCUCAACGAGAGCUGUGCCGCUGCUCUUGCACAUCAGAUUUCCCACCGCAAUACCUUCUUCUCCGCUCCCAGGCCCCAAUGGUUCCGAGGUGUGCGUUGCCGCCCAGGCCGAGGCCGUCCUUUUGGAGGCCCAGGUGCCUUGCUGAUUGGGCAUCUUGCAUACAAACCGCAUGGUUUUCGCCUGGGCAGGCAAGACGAUCAUGGCCUCCAGCCCCUCUUCGCUCUCCAGCAUCGCCUCACCGUUGCUCGGCAGAAUCAUGAGGCACUUGCCGCUGGAGGAGUCAGGUGCCCAGAGAUCGCCGGUGCUCAGCAAAAUUGUAGCCGCUGCGUGCCCGUCAGGACCCUCCAGACUGGGUCCCUCGGGGUGGCGGUCUCUGGGGUUGGCCUCCGAUACACAGUCAGACAAGAGAGUACAAGCUCUUCGAGGCGGCCAUGGCCGUGGCCGUGGCUUGACUGUUCAUAUGAGACUCGGACGAGUCAAACUACGUCUCGUUUGGCGCGGGCUCUCCUCACACUGAGAAAUAAUGCCUCUGCAACCCUGUACCAUCUGCCUAGUGGAAGAUGUUGUAUGUACAUGCGUAGUGCAGCAAAUCCCUGCCAGUGGACUCUUUCCCGUGUCACUCCCUGCACUCCUCCUUGGCCCUGA